AUGUUCAAAGGUUUGAGAAAAAAGGCAUCGGUUUUGUCAUUAUACCCUUCGACAUCUAACCUGAGCACGGCAGAAAAUGCCUCUGCCCUCAACUCCAGUAGCAACUACGAUAGGAUAUUGAAGCAGGUGCAUGAUUUCGAAACUGCAUUGAAAGCGAUGGACUACCUUUUAGACGAUCGUACUGAUGAAGGAACGUCUUUGCUUAAAAAGGAGGCACAGACAGCGCAGCAGGAUAACCUGCCUCGUGCCGUUUUUCCAUUGGCGUUGGGUGUUAUGGAAUUUAUCGAAGCAACGUUGGGGUUUGAGCCUGAAGUAAUGGCUAAAGCGCACAAGACAUUAUCAGAGGCAGAGAACGCCUCUAGUAACAACUCCAAGUACAACACACGUUACCAGUUGGCGACAUCCACCAUCUACCCGCCAGGAACCGAGUUUCAAGUAACUUUGGCAGAAUCGACCUUAUUGAAUGCGCUAUUGAUGCUAUUGAAGGAAAAUAAUGGUGUCGUUGAAAGUGCAAAGGCCUUGUUCAAACUACGAAAAGCGUACCAGAUCUUGGAUUCGGUGCAUAAAAGAAUACAAGAACUGGAGCCAGUUUUUAACAAGAAUUUGGCAAAGUUGAGAAAGAAGGCUACUACCAGUGGUGCUGGAAAGACCGAUGGUGUGUUUUUGAACAACAAUAACCAGUCCAUCAGUACAGUGGACUUACCCGGAUUUGAAUCACUGUCCAACUCUUCAAGCUCCUUACCUCAAGAUAUCAAGUUGAUGAAGGAUUUAGAAAAGAUAUUUUUGAUGCGCAAAGCUAGAAUUGAAGGAUCAAAUUUGGGCAAUACUGAGCAAAUCAACUUGUUUGAGGACCUGAACAGUUCAGUCACGCUUGCUAAACAGACCAUUCCUGGGCCCCUGGACUCACAAGACAAUGGAUCAGAUGAUGAUGAGUUUGAAGAUGCCAUGGAUCAUUUGGCCGUGAGUGAUGCCCCAAACUCGUUUGUUGGUUCCGGAGCUCAAUCGAUUCUUUCUUCGGUGGACACGUCGCCUAGCUCUCAUGGUACUGGUUCGGACACGUACCUCCAUGUUUCUACAACUGAUGAAUUUAUUCAUUCCGGAGUGCAGUUGUGCUUUGGUAUCUUGCAAGUGGUAUUAUCAUUAAUCCCACCUGCCAUUGGUGCUGUUUUAUCCAUUGUUGGUUUUAAAGGUAACAGGAAUAUCGGGCUUCAACUUUUAUGGAGAACAGCAAUAACAUCGAGAAAUGUACACGGUGAGUUGGCGUUGUUGUUCUUGUUGGUGUUUUACGAUGGUCCUGUACAGUUUGUUGAUACCGGAUUUAGAUUACCUGAGUCAAAGCUGGACAAUAACGUGAUCUCAUUGAGUAACAAGUUGACUGUGCUGGAGGAGGAAUUGGGGCAAAUCAUGGACAACCCACAACUUUAUACCAACCAGUUGUUGCGGUCAGCACGUCAACAUUUCCCGCAUAAUGCUUUAUGGAUAUUACAAGAGGGGAGAAUGUUGGCAGCUCAAGGUGACUUAGUUGGCGCUAGCACUCUUAUGCAAAAUUUCACUGAUGAUCCAAAUAACAAGAUUCAAAUGAAACAGAUUGAAUCGUUGUUGGUUUUCGACCGUGCUGUUAUCUACAUGUACAUGCAUGAGUAUGACAAAGCAGCAAGGGAUUUGAUUCAUUUGAUUGACAUUAAUUCAUGGUCAAAAGCGGUGUACUUAUUCAUGGCUGCCUCUUGUUAUCUUGAAAACUACAGAAUGAUCAAAAUGGGUGUGAAGGCAGGGGAUGCAGCAGAAGCUAAGAAAUAUGCUGACUUAUUUUCCAAGUACAUGAACCUCUCGUUGAGUUAUGUUCCUGGACAUGGCCAUAAUGCGCCAAAGAAAGGCGGCUUGGGAGGCAGUGGAAAACAGAUGCCAUUUGAUAAGUUCUUGUUACGCAAACACAAGCAUAUUGAAUCGAGAAAGAAACAAUACCCUGAUGUACAGUUGGCUGAUUUGGUUGGCACUUCGUUGAUUCACGAGUUGGUGUACUUCUGGAACGGAUAUAACCGAAUGACACCAGAACAUUUUGAAAUUGCAUUGAAGAUGUUGGGAUACUCUGGAUCCCCCAACGCCGAGUUUUCGGCAAACUCCAGUGCCCACUCAUUUGCCAUGAUCAAAGAGACGGAAGAUGAGGCAAUGAUACGUUACUUCCUCCAGUCUGUUUGCUUGAGACAGUUGGGCCAGGUCAAGGAGGGGUCACGUCUCCUUCAGCAAUACGUCUUAUCAAAGAUUGUUAUUUCCGAUUUCCCACAAUUCAAAUUUCACAAAAUGACCUACAGUCCGUACUUGUACCCAACGGCAUUUUACGAAAAUACCAUGUUUACUUGGGUUGAAGAAACGGGGCCCAAUACGAAAGUCAGUGUGAAGACAGCAGUAGCUGAGAGUAAAGCGUGGUUAAAGAAAGCAGAGAUAGUAGGAGACGGUGAUUACGAGUUGAGUAAUAGAACCAGUAUGCGUAUAAAGGCUGCUGGCGAUAGACUAGACCAAUUGGCAAGUGUGUAA